AUGUCCAAGCAUCAUCCGGAUCUCGUCCUCUGUCGCAAGCUUCCCGGCAUAGCAAUCGGACGUCUUUGCGAAAAAUGCGACGGUAAAUGCCCUUUAUGUGAUUCACACGUACGACCUGCUGCGAUCGUAAGAAUAUGCGAAGAAUGCAACUUUGGAUCGUAUGGAGGAAGAUGUAUAGUUUGUGGUAAUCCAGGCAUCUCGGACGCUUAUUACUGCGCUGAAUGCACCACACUCGAAAAGGAUCGUGAUGGAUGUCCAAAAGUUGUCAAUUUAGGCACCAGUCGAACAGAUUUGUAUUAUUUACGAAAAAAGAAUUGA